AUGGAAGAUGAGGUGUUAAGAUUUUAUAAGGAUUUAGUAGGGACUGCUGCUACUAAUCUUCUUCAUGUGGACAUUGAGGUGCUUAGACAAGGAACUCAAUUAAAAGAUACAAGCAAGAGAGAUCUGAUUCCACCAAUUACUGAACAGGAGGUUUGGAAAGCUCUCAGAAGUAUAGGUAACACAAAAACUCCAGGACUUGAUGGAUACAAUGCCAAGUUUUUUAAACAAGCCUGGAACAUUGUGAAAGGAGAUGUACUGGCAACUAUAUAUGAUUUCUUUGAACAUAAUCAUAUCCAAUCAACAUUUCUUCCUGGGAGAGUUAUUCAUGAUAACAUCCUCAUGGCGUAUGAAAUGUUGAGAGGUUAUAGCCGUAAACACAUUUCCCCUCGAUGUGCCAUUCAAAUGGACAUCCAAAAAGCAUACGACGCGGUUGAAUGGCCUGCGCUAGCCACAAUUCUUAGAGAGCUUAACUUUCCUGGAAGAUUUAUUGACUGGAUUAUGGUGUGUGUUUAUACUGUAUCAUACAGGAGUUUGGCUAAACUUCAUCAAAACCCAGAUUUUAAAUUUCAUCCUAGAUGUAAGAAGCUUCAUAUUACAAAUAUAAGCUUCGCUGACGAUCUUAUUGUGUUCACUCGUGGAGAUAGAAUGUCAGUUAACACUAUGAUGGCAGUUUUUGAUGAUUUCUCUCGAGCCACGAGUCUGCGAGCGCAUCCUGCAAAAUGCAAGAUAUACUUUGGGGUGUGCACCAUAUGGUUAAAGAUGAAAUCCCGCAGGCUACCGGUUUCCGAGUAG